UCUGCCUAUCUACUGACAUGUUAUUUCACCAACUGGGGCCAAUAUAGACCAGGCCUUGGGAAAUUCAAACCUGACAACAUUGACCCAUGCCUGUGUACUCACUUGAUCUAUGCUUUCGCUGGAAUGUCCAACAAUGAGAUCGCCACGAUUGAAUGGAAUGAUGUGACACUCUACAAAUCCUUCAAUGGCUUGAAAAACCAGAACGGACAACUCAAGACCCUCCUGGCUAUCGGAGGCUGGAAUUUUGGAACAGCACCAUUUACUGCAAUGGUUUCCACCCCUCAAAACCGCCAGACCUUCAUCAGCUCCGUCAUCACAUUCCUGCGCCAGUAUGAAUUUGAUGGGCUGGACUUUGACUGGGAAUACCCUGGCUCCAGAGGCAGCACUGCCCAGGACAAGGGCCUCUUCACCGUCCUGGUUCAGGAAAUGCUGGAGGCCUUCGAGCAGGAGGCCAAGCAGGUUAACAGACCCAGGCUCCUGGUCACUGCCGCUGUGGCUGCAGGGCUCUCUAACAUUGAGUCAGGCUACCAGAUUCCUCAGCUUGGCCAGUAUCUGGACUACUUCCAUGUGAUGACCUAUGACUUCCAUGGCUCCUGGGAAGGAUACACUGGAGAGAACAGCCCCCUGAACCAAGGCCCGGCAGAUACUGGCAGCAAUAUCUACUUCAAUGUUGACUAUGCCAUGAAUUACUGGUUGAACAACGGGGCUCCGGCUGAGAAGCUCAUUGUUGGAUUCCCAACCUACGGACACACCUUCAUCCUGAGCAACCCAUCCAACACUGCCGUCGGCGCGCCCACCUCCGGCCCCGGCCCUGCUGGGCCAUACACAAGACAGUCUGGGUUCUGGGCUUACUAUGAGAUCUGCACUUUCCUGAAGAACGGAGCCACCCAGGUUUGGGAUGCCCCUCAGUCUGUCCCUUAUGCCUACCAGGGCAGCGAGUGGCUUGGUUAUGACAAUAUCAAGAGCUUCAACAUCAAGGCUCAAUGGCUGAUGAAGAAUAACUUUGGAGGUGCUAUGGUUUGGUCCCUGGACCUGGAUGACUUCACUGGCACUUUCUGCAACCAGGGCAAAUUCCCCCUGAUCAACACUUUGAAGAAUGCCCUGGGCCUGCAGAGCACUAGCUGCACAGCCCCUGCUCAGCCCAUUUCCCCAAUCACAGAAGCGCCCAGCAGCGGGAGCGGGAGCGGUAGUUCCGGUAGCAACCCCAGCAGCGGUUCCGGCAGCAACCCCAGCAGCUCCGGGGGUAGCGGCUUCUGUGCCAGCAAGGCCAGCGGCCUCUACCCAGACCCAUCUAACAAGAACUACUUCUACCACUGCGUGAAUGGGAAAACCUACCUGCAAAAUUGCCAGGCUGGUCUGGUCUUUGACUCCAGCUGCUCCUGCUGCAACUGGGCAUGAACACAGAUCAGGUUAUGACAACUAAUUAGCCGUCCUAAUCUAACCAAAUGCCACAAAUGAAUUAGAAUUAAAUAAAGCAUCCAGCAGAAGCAAUA